ACUAAAAACAAAUUGCAAAUCAAACUCGUAUUUAUUAAAUGACACUUUUACUGCUAGCCUAUCUACAUAUUACAUGUAAACGGCUUUAGCUUUAAGUUAUUUUAAUUAAGCUAACAUGUGACUCUUCGUGGCAGCUUCACAACUGUCACCGCGGGCUGGUCGACCAGACAACGGUCACUAAAACGUUACAAACCGGUAAAAAAUUGUCGUUUAAUCGCCGUUUCGUUAUACGUCACGUGUGUUAGCCAUCUAGCAUUACGUUACCGGCACGAUUCCACGCGUCGUUAUCGACUAUGAAAGUCGAAUAAAAAACUUAAACUAACUCGACGUCAGACUAGCCGUUAGCUCUGUGGACGGCGGCCCUGUCGAAGCAGAAAUGCCCAAAAAGAAAACCGGCGCCCGUAAAAAGGCUGAGAACCGUAAGGAGCGAGAGAAACAGAGCCGAGCCAACCGGGAUCAUGUGGAGGUGGCCAAGCACCCCUGCAACGUUACCAUGGAGUGUGAAAAAUGUCAGAGAAAACAGAAGAACAGAGCGUUCUGCUACUUUUGCAACUCAGUGCAGAAGCUGCCUAUCUGCGCUCAGUGUGGCAAAACCAAAUGCAUGAAGUCAUCAGACUGUGUGAUCAAACAUCCUGGGAUCCACACCACUGGAAUGGCCAUGGUGGGGGCAGUAUGUGACUUCUGCGAAGCGUGGGUGUGCCAUGGCAGGAAAUGUCUGAGCACUCAUGCAUGUGCGUGUCCCCUGACAGAUGCAGACUGCAUUGAGUGUGAGCGCAGUGUGUGGGAUCAUGGAGGCCGAAUCUUCCGCUGCUCGUUUUGUCAAAACUUCUUGUGUGAGGAUGAUCAGUUUGAGCACCAGGCAAGCUGCCAAGUCCUUCAGGCAGAAACAUAUAAAUGUGUUUCCUGUAAUAGACUGGGGCAACACUCCUGCCUGCGCUGUAAGGCCUGUUACUGCGACGACCACGCCAAGAGCAAGGUCUUCAAACAGGAGAAAGGAAAAAGUCCACCCUGCCCAAAGUGUGGUCACGAGACCCAGGAGACCAAAGACCUCAGCAUGUCCACUCGCACGUUGAAAUUCGGCCGCCAGGCUGGUGCUGAUGACGAUUACGACGACUACGACGACGGGGCGUCGGGGUAUGACUCUUACUGGAAGAACUUAGCUGCUGGAGGCCGAGACCAGCAGGACAACUAUGACGAUGAGGACGAGGAUGAUGAGGACGAUGAGGAGGAGGAGGAUGAUGAUGAGGAGGAGGAAGAGGAAGAUGACGAGGAGGAGGAGGAAGAAGAAGGCAAAGAGGAAAAGGCUGCCGAUACCAUGGCUGGUCUCAAACUGGACGGGAGCGCCUGAGCUCAGACAGAGACUGGAGCAGGCUGACAGGUGGAGGAGAGUCGCAUAGAUCCCAACGAUCCUCUGCAGGUGUUGAGUUGUUACAAGUAGGGAACGAAUGAAAGAAGAAUUAAAGCAUAUAGUUAUUAUAACCAGAGCUGGAUAUCCAUAUUAGUGCCAACACAAUUCUGAAUAUCAACUUUUUCUAACAGCUCAGUCAGUGGAAUAGAAACAAUGUGGAGAGAAGAAGAUGAGAUCGGUCAAUACAAAGUCAACAAAGUCACUCUGCCUCGACAGCAGUUCCACAAUACACAAAUUACAUGUAAGCAAAAUAUUGAUGUGCAGAAUUUGAAAUAUUAAAGAAUCUUCUUCCUGUC